CGGCGCCGGGCUCUACUCGAGCGCGGCGGACUACGGGAGGGUCAUGCAGGAGCUGCUGCGGGCGCUGGCCGGGGAGGAAGGGACCGUGGUCCGGCGGGAGACGGCGCAGUAGAUGUUCCGGCCGCAGCUCGACGACAAGCAGAGGGAGUGGCUCAGGGCCAUUGUUUGGAACUUUGGCUCGGCCGCCGAGGUGCCCCGGGGCUCGCGCAUCGACCACGGGUUGGGGGGCAUCCUGGUCCUGGAGGACGUGGAGGGCAGGAGGAGGAAGGGGACCAUGUUUUUCUCGGGCAUGUGCAAUACACGAUGGUGGAUCGAUCCCGAGACGGGCAUCGGCGCCAUCAUGCUUGUCAAUGUCAUCCCCUAUGGCGACUCAGCCGCCCUCGCCUUGUUCAACGAGCUGGAGCGGGCUGUAUACGGGAACCUCGUCCCGGCUUGGAAAGCCUCAAAGUGAACGGCCCUUUUAUUUUCUGCCCAACUGAUUCACUACUCGGGUCACUGGGCGGUCGAUAAUUAAUCAGAUGACGACGCAUGACAUUGGCUUCAUCGCUCAUGGAGACCGUGCUGGCUUUCUUGCAUAAUGAACCUCAAAAACAGAAGAGAAGACAGUAAGAAACAAAGAAAAGAAAAGAAAG